CUCGUCGGGAGCUAUUGCCACAUUUCAGGGGUGGGUUAGAAGCACGACCCGUUUUCUAGCGUAUUUUUCUGGGGUAGGGAUUUUUGGUCGCGACUCAAGUCAAGGUGAAGAUGCUUCCCUUGAAGCGGCCGUUUCAUGGAGCAAUUGUAUCGUACUGUAAGUUUAUGUGAAGAUGGAAAUUCAGAUGUGAAUAAACACUGCAGUUGAUAAUUUACGUUACUGUGAAAACAUUAGAUUUGAUGUUAUCAAAGUAAUUCAUUACAUUAAACUUUCUCUGUGGCAGCAUGGUACCUGUCUCCCUCUGAGAUUGUCGAUCUUUUUGCCAAAGACAGGGAAAAGCGGUAAACUGUAUCGGACUGCACAGUAAAAGGAAUGGACCUGUCAGUUUCAUUUCCAUUAUCGUUCCACCUUGUAUUGCCCGCUUUCGCCGCAUUUUCUGCUUUGUGUUGCCGCUGCGCUGAGAGGCCAGAGGUUUUGGGUUGCUUGUCCGUUGUCCCGCCCGCGGCAGCUAAAAGGUACAGUACAGUACCUGCCUUUUUCCAGGCUCCACGCCCCAACAAAACGCUUGCCGAGCAAGCAUCCACGCAUUAAAGUAAGGUACCUUUACAGUUGAAGGGACACACUUUAAAACUUCAGCCCCCCUUGGCCGUCUCGUAACUCUUUUUUCCUUUUCACCUCCCUUUCUCUUUUUCUUUGACAGUUCUUCUUCGGCAUCUCGACUUCUUGACUCUUUUGUCUAUUGUCGGCCGUGAACCCUUCUUCCCACAAUGGCGUCCGUUUCGACUUCGGCUCUGCCCAAGCAGAACCCUGCGCUUAGACGCACCGUCACCUCAACUACUGUGACGGAUUCUGAGUCUGCCGCCGUCUCUCCUUCAGACUCUCCCCGGCACUCAGCUUCUUCCACAUCGCUCUCGUCCAUGUCCGAGGUCGAUAUCGCCAAGCCUAAGUCCGAGUAUGGUGUUAUGCUCGACACCUACGGCAACCAGUUCGAGGUCCCCGACUUUACCAUCAAGGACAUCUACAAUGCCAUCCCUAAGCACUGCUUCAAGCGCUCUGCUCUCAAGGGAUACGCUUAUAUCCUCCGCGACAUUGUCCUCCUGACCACCACUUUCAGCAUUUGGUACAACUUCGUGACCCCCGAAUACAUCCCAUCCACUCCCGCCCGCGCUGGUCUGUGGGCCGUAUACACCGUUCUUCAGGGUCUUUUCGGUACCGGUCUCUGGGUCAUUGCUCAUGAGUGUGGUCACGGUGCUUUCUCCGAUUCUCGCCUCGUCAACGACAUUACUGGCUGGGUUCUUCACUCUUCCCUCCUCGUCCCCUACUUCAGCUGGCAAAUCUCCCACCGAAAGCACCACAAGGCCACCGGCAACAUGGAGCGUGACAUGGUCUUCGUACCCCGAACCCGCGAGCAGCAGGCUACUCGUCUCGGAAAGAUGGCCCACGAGCUUGCCCAUCUUACUGAGGAGACCCCCGCUUUCACUCUUCUUAUGCUCGUCCUCCAGCAGCUCGUCGGCUGGCCCAACUACCUCCUCACCAACGUUACCGGCCACAACUACCACGAGCGCCAGCGUGAGGGUCGCGGCAAGGGCAAGAAGAACGGCCUCGGUGGUGGUGUCAACCACUUCGACCCCCGCAGCCCUCUGUACGAGAACAAGGAUGCUAAGCUCAUCGUCCUCAGCGAUAUUGGUAUUGGUCUGAUGGCCACUGCUCUGUACUUCCUCGUCCAGAAGUUCGGAUUCUACAACAUGGCCAUCUGGUACUUUGUUCCCUACCUCUGGGUUAACCACUGGCUCGUUGCCAUCACCUUCCUCCAGCACACCGACCCUACCCUUCCUCACUACACCAAUGACGAGUGGGACUUUGUCCGCGGUGCCGCUGCUACCAUUGAUCGUGAGAUGGGCUUCAUCGGCCGCCACCUUCUCCACGGCAUUAUCGAGACUCACGUUCUUCACCACUACGUCAGCAACAUCCCCUUCUAUAACGCCGACGAGGCUACCGAGGCCAUCAAGCCUGUCAUGGGCAAGCACUACCGCGCCGAUGUCCAGGAUGGUCCUCGUGGCUUCAUCCGUGCCAUGUACCGAAGCGCCCGUAUGUGCCAGUGGGUUGAGCCCAGUGCUGGUGCCGAGGGCGCUGGUAAGGGUGUUCUGUUCUUCCGCAACCGCAACAACGUGGGCACUCCCCCCGCUGUCAUCAAGCCCGUUGCUUAAGCAACAUUACGGCGUCGGAUCGGUUAUGGAAUCUAAAAUUGUUUCUGUCAGCGUUGAUUGUUCCAAGUUGGUUUCUGGUUUAGAGAGCUGGACAUGCUCGUUCAUGGGAGUUCUCGCUAUGGCAAUGGCUGAGAUGAGGUGGAGGUUGAAAAUAAUCUGACAUAACAUUCAAAGAUUGAUGAGCAAUAUGAUAGAGAAAGAUAGACGAAGCUCAAUGAAAAAGAACAAACCAUACUGAUUUCCUUGGACGUUUAUGUCUUCUUUUGACUUGAUUUGUUUCAAGACGAUUGUGUUUGGUCGACGUUGACUUUGACCACGGGACCCUCGGAUCUGGCAAGUAACCUGAUAUGAUCAGAAUGCGGGGAAAUGUCAACACACGUGCCCAUUGACCAGACUUGGUGUCGGCAUUUGCUAAGAUUGUCGUAAUUCUGUAUUUAGCAGAUCAUAAUUAUCGAAUUGGUUCUAGGUUUGGUGGUUUGCCAGGAUGUGUAGAUAAUUCUCCGAGUGGUGGUGGCUUGUGAGGUGUUACUUGAAGCGUCUCGAGUUCACAUGCAGCUGCAGUGGCACUUACCAUACGAAGGGCGAUUGUGAAUUCGAGAUUCCUACCAUUACUACGAAUAUCUCUUAUUUUACAAAGGCUCUCUCAAAAGCAAACCAGUCCCUCUCGAG